AUGGUCACCGCCACUGCCCCCGUCACACCUCCCUCCACUCCCUUCUCGGCGGGCGAGAGGCACGAGUCUGCCUCUCUCCCCAUCUCCUCUCCCGAGCGACUAGUGUAUGGCCGCAAGCACAUCACGCCCGAUGGCGUCUACUCCCUGGUGCUCAACAGACCACGAGAGCACAAUGCCCUCUCGAGGGAGAUGCUCCUUCAGAUGGAGGAGCCCGUACCGGCUUCAACCGCCCUCACUCCUUCACCCCUCCGAGCACUCAUCGUUGAAUCCUCUUCUCCAGGCAAAUUCUGCGCAGGUGCAGAUCUCAAGGAGCGCAAGACGAUGACUGAAGAGCAAGUCGUGGCUUUCCUACAGCUACUCAGAACAGUCUUUGAUAAGGUGGCGGCCUUUCCUGCGCCGACGAUUGCUGCCCUCGAUGGACCUACGUUGGGAGGGGGGCUGGAGUUGGCGAUUGCUUGUGACUUUAGAGUGGCAAACCGCACCGUCAAGCGCAUCGGCUUCCCAGAAUCAGGCCUGGGUAUCAUCCCAGGCGCAGGAGGGACCCAGCGUGCACCGCGUCUUCUAGGUCUCACAAAGGCAAAAGAGCUCAUUUACACCGGGAGAUCUCUAAGUGCCACCGAGGCACUCGAAUGGGGUCUGGUAGACUACCUGACUGACGAAAGCGCCCCCGCCCGCUCUCUCCUCCUCGCAGCGACCAUGUCCAAUUCAGCUCCUCUGGCUCUGCGCGCAGCCAAAUUGUCCAUUUCAAAGGGAGCAGAGAUGGAGUUGGACGACGCACUGAAGUGGGAAGUGCAAUGCUACGAGGAUUUGCUGCCUACGCAGGAUAGAAGAGAAGCUCUGGAGGCGUUUGCUGAGAAGAGGAAGCCGAACUUUGUUGGUGCUUGA